CAGCUCGCCGCCGCCAUGACGACCGCGUCCCCCUCACAGGUGCGCCAGAACUACCACCAGGACUCGGAGGCCGCCAUCAACCGCCAGAUCCACCUGGAACUCUACGCCUCCUACGUCUACCUGUCCAUGUCUUACUACUUUGACCGUGAUGAUGUGGCUUUGAAGAAUUUUGCCAAAUAUUUUCUUCACCAAUCUCAUGAGGAGAGGGAACAUGCUGAGAAACUGAUGAAACUGCAGAAUCAACGAGGUGGCCGCAUCUUCCUUCAGGACAUCAAGAAACCCGACCGUGAUGACUGGGAGAACGGGCUGAAUGCAAUGGAGUGCGCCUUACACUUGGAAAAGAGCGUGAAUCAGUCACUACUGGAGCUGCACAAACUGGCUACUGACAAAAAUGACCCCCAUUUGUGUGACUUCCUGGAGACUCAUUACCUGGAUGAGCAGGUGAAAUCCAUCAAAGAACUGGGUGACCAUGUAACCAACUUGCGCAAGAUGGGGGCCCCCGAAUCUGGCAUGGCCAAGUAUCUCUUUGACAAGCAUACCCUGGGAGACAGUGACAAGAGCUAAGCUAAGCCUUAGGCUGGCUACUCAUAGCCAGUGGGUGACUUUCCUGGUCACCAAGGCUGUGUAUGCAUGUUGGGGUUACCUUUACCUUUUCUAUAAGUUGUACCAAAACAUCUACGUAUAGCUUUCAUUUGUACCAUUCCUUCAAAUAAAGCAAUUUGGUACCCGUAAAAAAAAAAAAAAGAGGAAUAUAUCUUAGCUGCUCCAGUAUGACCCCAUGACUGAGGGUAGGGAUUGUGUCUCAUUGCUCUCUUGUAUCCUCAGGGCCUAGGGCAGGCCUGUCACUGACUGGACAUUUGUAUGUGUGUGCAGAACAAAUGAUUAGAAAAAGAUUGGAGCAAAAUAUGAGGGCUCUGAAGGACAAAAGAGGGGAAAGGCAACUUCAGAACUGAAGAGGCAGACACACAUGGAGAGAAAGAGACACAGAUAGAGGCAGUCAGUGGGACUUGAGAAUAAAAGGAUACAAA